AUGGAUAGCAUAGAAGAUUUCACACACGAAGAACUAGAAGAUGAUCGUAAUCAAAAGAAAAAAGACACAACAAAAUCCAAAAGAAGACAACUAGGACUCUCAUGCAUGUUAAGCACUGAAGUUGGUGCAGUUCUAGCAGUGAUACGACGUUAUCCCGAAUUUACUCCUGUCUACAACAUAUCUUCUCCUGAAGAAUCCUACGAUUCUUCCAUUAUUAAUUCUUUAAGGUCUCUCCGUUCUCUCAUAUUCAAUCCUCAACAAGAAUGGCGCACUAUCGAUCCUUCCAUUUACCUUACUCCUUUCCUUGAUGUCAUUCAAAGCGAUGAUGUUCCAGCGUCCGCGACAGGCGUUGCACUUUCUUCCAUACUCAAGAUUCUCAAGUUUCAAGUGUUUGAUGAUAGGACUCCAGGCGCAAAAGAAGCUAUGGAAUCGGUUGUAGUGGGGAUUACUAGUUGUAGACUCGAGAAAACUGAUCCGGUUUCUGAAGAUGUUGUCAUGAUGAAGAUACUUCAGGUUUUGGCAGGGAUAAUGCACCAUAAAGCUUCAGUAUUACUCUCUGAUCAAGCUGUUUGCACACUUGUGAAUGCAUGUUUUCAAGUUGUGCAACAAUCUGUGGGCAGAGGAGAUUUACUACAAAGAAGUGCAAGGUACACAAUGCAUGAGCUUAUUCAAGCAGUAUAUGCAAGGUUACCUGAAAUUGAAGGGAAUGAUAGGGAAGGAGAUUCUGAAUCAGACGUAGAAGAUGUUGAUGAUAACGCGGGUUUGAAAUCCGGUUAUGGUGUUCGUGCCGCAAUUGAUAUAUUUCAUUUUCUGUGUUCUUUGUUGAAUGUUGUUUCUGUAGUUGAGGCAGAUGGAUCAACUACUCAUACAGCUGAUGAAGAUGUUCAGAUUUUUGCUUUGGUUUUGAUUAACUCAGCUAUUGAAUUGAGUGGUGAUAAGAUAGGGAAUCACCCUAAACUUUUGAGGAUGGUCCAAGAUGAUUUGUUUCAUCAUUUGAUUUACUAUGGAACUUGGUCUAGUUCAUUUGUCUUGUCUAUGAUUUGCAGCACAGUUUUGAAUGCCUAUCACUUUCUAAGAAAGUUUCUUCGUUUCCAAUUAGAAGCAUUCUUUGGACAUGUACUAAUAAGAGUCGCAACUCUUGGAAGCACAAUGCAGCUUCAAGAAGUAGCAGUUGAAGGGAUAAUAAACUUCUGCAGACAACCAACAUUCAUUGCUGAAGUUUAUGCAAACUAUGAUUGCAAUCCGUUAUGCCGAAACAUAUUCGAAGAAGUUGGAAGAUUGUUAUGCAAGCAUUCAUUUGCAUUAACUGGUCACUUAACAAGUUUACACAUUCAAGCCUUUGAAGGACUAUUGAUAAUGAUUCACAACAUUGCAGAUAACAUUGACAAAAUUGAUAACAGAACACCUUUAGGUCCUUACACAACUCAAUUGAUUGAGUAUAAACCUUUUUGGGAGGAAAAAGAAAAAGAUGAUGAUUUAGAAGCUUGGGUUGAACAUGUUCGAAUCACGAAAGUGCAAAAGAAGAAAUUACUUAUAGCCGCGAAUCAUUUCAAUAGAGAUAAUAAAAAGGGUUUAGAGUACUUGAAGCAUGCUAAGUUAAUCUCCGAUCCUCCUGAUCCGAAGUCGUAUGCUUACUUCUUCCGGUUCACACCUGGUCUAGACAAAAAGGCGCUCGGCGAAUAUCUUGGUGACCCUGAUAGUUUUUACCUCGAAGUUCUUAGGGAGUUUACAGAAACUUUUCAUUUUAAUGGUAUGGUUCUUGACACUGGAUUGAGAUUUUUUCUUGAAAGUUUUUGGUUGCCAGGCGAGUCGCAAAAGAUUGAGCGUGUGUUAGACGCGUUUUCCAAUAGAUUCUAUGAUCAACAAUCGUCAGAUUUAUUUGCAAGCAAGGACACUGUUCUUAUUUUGUGCUACUCACUUAUUAUGCUUAACACUGAUCAUCACAAUGCACAAGUCAAGAAGAAAAUGACAGAAGAGGAAUUCAUCAAAAACAAUAGAACAAUCAAUUCAGGACAAGAUUUACCAAGAGAGUAUCUUUCUGAACUUUUCCAAUCUAUUACCAACAAUGCAAUUGUAAUGAAGCAAACUGAAUUGUCAUUAGACAUGACCCAAAGCAAGUGGACUCAGCUUAUAAACCAGUCGAAAGUAAUGCAAAGUUUUGUACAAUGCGAAUUUGAUCGUAGAAUGUGUAGAGAUAUGUUUGCCUGCAUUGCCGGUCCAUCGGUAGCCGCUCUUUCGUCUUUCUUUGAGCAUGCAGAUGAAGAGGAACUUAUGCAUGAGUGCAUUGAAGGGUUAUUUUCAGUUGCGAGGAUCGCACAGUAUGGAUUAGAAGACACACUUGAUGAACUCAUAACAUCAUUUUGCAAAUUCACAACACUUCUAAAUCCUUAUGCUUCAACAGAAGAGACAAUGUUUACAUUUAGUCAUGAUAUGAAACCAAGACUAGCAACAGUUGCUGUUUUCACCUUAGCGAACGAUUUCCGAGACUCAAUUCGAGGAGGGUGGAAGAACAUAGUAGAUUGCUUGUUGAAACUCAAAAGGCUAAGGUUGCUACCUCAAUCCACCAUCGACUUUGAUGCGCCAGCGAACGCACCAACAAUGCCUGAAUCAUCAGGUGUCGUCUCUCCAACUGCUAAUCAUAAAUCCGGAACUCAUCAUCGGUUUCCAAGCGUCAUGACUCGUUUAUCGCUUCUUUCGCAAGAAAACUCAGAAGAUGGUUUGACACUUGGUAGUGAAUUUGAACAAAAUCUCAAAAUGAUAAAACUGUGUAGAAUUGGUAGCAUCUUUGGAAGUAGUUCAAACAUUCCAAAAGAAUGUUUACAAAACCUUGGAAGAUCUUUGAUAUUUGCAGCUGCUGGAAAAGGCCAAAAGUUUAGCACACCGGUCGAGGAAGAAGAAACCGUUGGAUUUUGUUGGGAUUUAAUCACUGCAUUAUCAUUAGCCAAUGUUCAUAGAUUCCAUAUAUUUUGGCCAAACUUCCAUGAAUAUCUCCUAACAGUUGCUCAAUUUCCAAUGUUCUCACCAAUCCCUUUUGCAGAAAAAGCACUUUUAGCCCUUCUCAAGGUAUGUCUCAAACUCUUUUCAACACCAAGAGAAGACAAACUUGCUGAGGAACUUAUUUUCAAAUCCAUAACAUUGAUGUGGAAACUCGAUAAAGAAAUACUCGACAUGUGUUACGAGAUUAUAGCGCAAUUGAUGAGCAAAAUAGUCAUCCAAUACCCUGCAAAUUUACAGACUCAAGUCGGAUGGAAAUCAGUAUUGAAUUUGUUAUCAGUUGCAUGGAGACAUCCCGAAACUUAUGACCUCGCAAUCGAGGCAUUGAUAUCUUUAUUCUCUGAUGCCACUAAUGUAACACGAACGAAUUACGCGUAUCUCAUUGAUUGCGCAUUCGGUUGUUUCUUAGCGAAAAACAGUCCAAUAGAGAAGAAAAAGAAGAUAUUAGAUCUUUUAGCCGAUUCGACAAACUUGUUGGUUCAAUGGCAGAGAACACAAUAUACAGAUCCAGGUAGUAAUGUCAGUGUAGUAAGCAACACAAGUAGUUCAUCAGCUGAAGACAAUUUUCGAGGUCCUUCUAGUGCAAACUAUAACAUGAAUUUGUUUGUGAAACUUGGUGAAAUAUUUAGAAGAACAAGUUUAUCAAGACAAGAAGAGAUAAGAAACCAUGCAGUAUAUUCACUUCACAAAAGUUUCAACUUAGCUGAAGAAAUGCUAUAUACAUCAUCAAAUUGUAUAAGCUAUUUCAACCUUGUGAUAUUUGCUAUGGUUGAUGAGUUACAUGAGAAGAUGUUGGAAUAUUCAAGAAGAGAUAAUGCUGAGAGGGAAAUGAGAAGUAUGGAAGGGACAUUGAAACUUGCUAUGGAAUUAUUGUCAGCUAUGUAUUUGCAAUCUUUGAGACAAAUUACUGAGAGUCCUGGAUUUAGAGCAUUUUGGUUAGGAGUAUUGAGAAGAAUGGAUACAUGCAUGAAAGCUGAGUUAGGACAUUAUGGUCCAUCAUCUUUGAGUGAAAUUAUUCCUGAUUUGUUGAAAAAGAUUAUAACACAAAUGAAGGAUGAAGGAAUUUUGGAGCCAAAAGAAGAUGAUGAUAUGUGGGAGAUUACUUAUAUUCAGAUUCAAUGGAUCUGUCCUCGUCUUAAGGAUGAGUUAUUUCCAUUGUAA